GUAUGACUCUGAAUUGCGUUGAGUGUCAUCGGACUAGUCCGGGUUAUUAGCAAAAUCGCCUUUUUGUCUUUCAUUCUUAACUUUAUGCGUGCGUUUUAUUUUCCAAACAACCGGAUGUGAGGUUCAUAACUCGGACUAUUUUGACAGACGUUGCCAAAUUUCAACCCGUCCUCUCUCUGUGGUCUUAUCACACGGCACAUUUGACAAAGAGGAUUAUGAAUCAUCUUGUGCUGUAGCUCCAGCAGAUAACAAUUUAAUCAUGGCACCGCCGGUUAAAGUUAGUGUUUUAGUGCACUGAGAGGGAAAACGACAGUUGUUGAAAAUAAUUGGCUGUUUGAAAUUUGGAGGGUCCAGUAUGCCGAAGGAACAGCCUUGCUUGAGCGAGCACAGUCUUUGCGCUGCAUCCAGCAAGAACGCUAAAGAUAAGAGCAACAGCACGACUCUGCUGGCAAUACGUAAUACUAAAGACGCAGACCACUCCAGUGGACAGGGGUCCCGCUGCAGUUCAGAAAAAGACUCUGGCUACUCUGAUGGCUCAGACUGGCAGCAGACGGAUGUGGAGGACCAGCGGAGCAACAAAAGCCAGUCCAAAGGCAGCGAGCAUGCAGAAACAUCACAGCCAGGUCAAAACCAAGAACCUAAGCGAGAGAAUCCUGGGAAUAGUUCCGCGGGCCGUGACCUCUCACCCAUCUACAUCAUCAAUAACAUGGUGCUUAAACAGCCGGACAUGAUCCAGAAAAGAGUUCAGCUGCCCCAGAGAAAUGGAAGCAUGGAGACCAGCAGUUCUGGUCCUGCCCACAUGAUCCUUUUACAGCAGCCGAGCUUGUUGCCAGCCACUCACCAGCUCCACAAGCCCUUGUCCCGAAAGCCCAACACAGCAGGGAAGAAAAUAAACGGCACCUACCUACCCAUCCUCAACUCCUACCCCCGCAUUGCACCACACCCCAGCAAGAAGCCGCCUGAUAAAUCUUCACUGAACGACGAAUCCCAGAAUCUGAGCAAAAGGGUGUGCACAGAGCACAAGAGGGAAGACACAUCUGUGACACAGAGUCUCCCUGAGCAGCACAUUAAUAAGCAACCCAAAUUAGCAGCCUUAACUUCUGGGCUGCCAUGUUCGUCUUCAACCAGAGAUGCUCCAGCUUCCUCCAGUCCCACUACUGUCUCCUUGAGCCAGGGCACCCAAUCUGGGUCCAGUCUGUGCACCACCACCACCUCCUCCUUCCUCUCAACCAGAGGACUUCUUAGAAACGGUGGCACCAAUAUUCGCCACCGCCGUUUCUUCAACACAGUACAAAUCCUCAAACAGUCAGGUCUGUUGGACAUUACACUGCGCACAAAGGAGCUGCUGCGGCAGAGCAACGCCACCGAGCGGGACGUCGCCCAACUCCGCCAGCACACAGAGCUACUCUGCCAAGUUGCCAGCAACCCCAGCUGCAGCCUGAACGGUAUCACAGCCUGGGAACAUUUGCACCGAUCCAUGGCAGAGUCUGGCAGCUACCCCGACCUUAAAAUCCUCCAAAAUUUACAAAUCCCAUGUCAUCCAGAUUUUCCCAAUAAGCCGGAGAAUAUUUCCACAGGUGACACCAAUAGUCCGCUCGCUGCUGAGAACUCACCUCAACCGCGAUCUCGCCUUCUCACUACUACACCAAACCCAAACCAGACCUGUCCUGUGCCACAGCAGUCUCACUCAGGGCAAGGCAGGGAGCUCGAGGCCAGCUGUAAAUCUUCAGAGAAAGUCACCUUUACGCCUCCUGACAGUUCCACAGAUUAACACAAUCUGAAGUGCCUUUUUAAAGGGAGAGCGAGUACUCAGGACAAGCCAGUGGAGGACCAGUUAUUUUUGGGUAUCAUGUGGUUUUAUUGGUUCAUCCCUGGUUAUUUAGGUUUUAGUUUUAUAGGGAUUUUGUAUAGUCAAUGAAAAUCAAACGAUGACUCAAGUUUAGCACUUAAGUAUUGCAUGUUGCAGUACAAGUUUUGUUUCCAGUUGUCAAACGUGCUUCACCAAAAUCAAAUGUUUGACAGCUGAUCCCCAAUGAAUGUACUCAAGUGCAAUUAAGUCCCAUCAAAUGGCACCAUCUUAUAUAUAAGCACUGCAGACUUUAAAGAAGCAUACAGAUGAGAUCUGUGUAUGCGUAAAUAAAAUGUUUUCCCAGGAAGCAGAGGCAAAUGACUUGCACACAAGUGGCAGGGCUGGGCGAUACAGCCAAAAAUAUCCUGUAAACUAUUUUUUUCCACGUUGAUCAAUAUUGAUAUUUAUCACUAUAAUUUGAUAAUACUGAUAAUUACUGAAGUCUGAAGAAACCAGAUGGUUCAUAAGUUAAACUUUAGAGUAUAGUUUACUAACAUAGAAUAACAAACUGUGCAAACAUGAAUAUUUUAGAAUUUAUUU